CAUCGCAAAAACGGAGAGCGAUGAAAAAGUGCAUUCGAUAGUUGAAAGACAAGCAAAAUAUUGCAGAAAAAGCCAACAUCAGUAUGGCUGACCGUGUUACGAGACUAUUUCUACCCGUGGAACCGUGAAAAUGUGCCCAAAACCAUAAAUUUCAGUGCAUUCGAUCGUGCGUCUAGGGUAACAAAGUGAGUGUUUUUCAUUUGCACUGGGAAAGCCUCGGGUUCAGUGCGUAAAACAGGGCGAAGAAUAAAUCGAUUUUAGUUGCAAUCUUUCCCCAACAACAAAAGAGAGAGUUCCGUUCAUAUGCGAGGGGAGCUGUCAUCCAAAUUUUUGUAAUCGUGAAAAAUGGAUUUAGCUGAAGCUAUCAGUAAGGCGAAAUACUAAUCCACUUGACAAAAAAAAACUAGGAAGUGUCUCAUUAGUUCAAGUGCACCUGUAGCGCGUUGGAUCAGUAGCUGAAGCUCGCGGAAACGUCUGGCCACUGGUGUUGGAUCGACCCACUCGCGGCAGGGAUCGACCGUGACAUUUUCCGUUUGCCAGUGGGGGCCUGCUCUGUUUAUUCUGUCAUCUUUCCACCCCUCAACAAGAAGAGGACAUCCUCCCGUUCUAGAGAAAUGAAGGUCUAAGUUACCUUCGCCAGUUCCGCACGGAACCUAAACAUCAGUGAGAGAGCGUUAGUGCUCGAUGCAGCUCGCAGUCAACCGACUGCACAUCGGGGAUCGACAGCAAGUAAGACACACAAAGUAGAGCCAGAAUGGUGUUAUCAUACUGCAGAUACUUUGAUAACAUCUAAAUCGCGACUGAGUGUAUAACACUCUCGCGUAUCAUCACACUUAAUCGGAGUAUAUCACGGGAGGUCAUUAUUCCAACAAAUUGUGUAACGUUCGUUGUCAAAAUGAGCCAAAGGUCAGCUACUGGCAGUAACAAACCGGUUGUAGCCGCAGUUGUUGGUUCUACUACUGCUACGGCUACCACUACUUCAUCAACAGUUGCAACAGUAGCAAUAGGGUCAAUGGUUGUAACAUCGAAGCAAAGCACAGGGGGUGACGAUGAUGAUGGCAGUAAACUUAUAUUGAAACAACAGAAGCCUGCUGAAUCUGAUACUUCAAGUGGUAGAGAGAGAACAAAACCAUCAUCAACUGUUCGAGCAUUAAACUUCGAUGAUCCUGAACUCGGUAGAAAGAACAAAUCGGAUAAUAUUGAAAAGAAGGAUGACUCUAAACCGAAAAAAGUAGACGUUAAAGUAUCAGCAUCCGUCCCAAAGGAAAACGACAUCAAAACGAAAAGCAUUCCGAAUGUUCUGACAAAACCGUCCGCUGUGAAAAAGGAGGAAAUCAAAACGCAAGUACCGGCAACAACAACUACGGUAUCAUCGAUUUCUGCAAAGCCGAUAUCUAGUCCUGCGGUUGUUUCAGCUUCGAAACCACCACACAGUAGCAGUCCAAAACAAGUACUAGAACCGGAAGUUAAACCACCCGGUAGCCCAUCUAAAGGAAGCUUGAAAAAGAUGCAUCAACAGUCGACUAUAAAACCCGAAGAAAUCCCAAAACCAGCAAUGCUUAAAUCAUCAUCAGUUCCGGCUCCUGCGUCUACUCAAUCAACAGCUAUUGCAAAGCCUUGCCCAGUUCCUCCACUUUCAGUUUACACGAUGAAUCAGCUACCGACUCCCGUAAUCACCACAGCGGCACCAUCACCAACCACUACUGCGGCUCCCGUCGUUCUACGCCCUUCAUCAGGAACAGGUUUGCAAAAAUCGGCCUCGUAUCGCAAGUCAUCUUACAAACCCCAGCACUCCCACUCUCUGCGAUACUCCGGCAGUGGCAGCGAUAUCUCCAAUCUGGUGCGAGUUCGAAACUCUACUCUUGGAAAUUCGGCUCCGACACUGUCGAUAACUUCCAAGGAAGGAGGGUUUGGCCAACGGCGUUCGACUUCAUCAUCGGCUACUCGUAGUGGAGCAGUAGCUCGGCAUCGUUUGAGCUUCGUAGCCAACAUCUCACCACGAUCUCAUUCGCCCAUUCCUGCAAGUCCCAUCGACAGUCCUCGGAUAAACUCGCCAAGCAUCAUACAUUUUCCGUUUGUUCCAAUCAAAAGAAUCACCAACAAAAACAGUGACAGUCGUCGAUGGUCUGUGGCUUCGCUGCCUAGCUCGGGAUAUGUAACAACCCCAGGAAGUUCGAACAUUUCUUCACAGUGCUCUAGUCAGGAGAGACUUCAUCAGUUUCCUCCUGUUCCAACUAAUGAUGAUCUGCACAUGCUGUCGCUACACUUUUCCAGUAACGAUAGCAAUCCCGGCAUGGAAGGGCGUAAUCUGCAUAAUCAUCACGGAUUCCAUCACCUGCAUCAUCAUCAUCCGCAUCAGCAUAGCGGAACCGGAUUCAAUCCACCUGUUUCUCCGCUGGCUCCACAAUAUCAACAUGCGACCCAGCAGCCGCUCAGUCUGCAAUCUCACGCCACCCAUUGCAACAGUCCUCACUCUGUAAAAUCUUCCGGGAGCUGUAAAGACGAACUCAACAACUUCUGUGGUUGCCGUUCUCCUAUCCACCGACCGCGAUCACGCAGCCUGAGUAGUCCUUCUCACUCCCCUAUUACCGACAACGAAAUAUCCCUGAUGAACACCUUCUACAAAGAGCGUUUCCCGAAAGCUACGCAACAAAUGGAAGAACGUUUGUCACAUUUCAUCAACGAGAACAAAACCAUCUUAAACGAUAGCGCUCGAGUUUCGCAGCCCAUCGUACGCUUUGUCCAUCAUCAGGUUUUGGAAAUGGCCCGCGAUUGUCUGCAUAAAUCCCACGCCAAACUGAUUACCUCUCGAUAUUUCUACGAGAUGAGUGAAAACCUCGAACGCCUGCUGUUGGAAACGAAAGAGAAAUCCCCAGAAGCUGCCCCGGAAAUCACCGCCGUAAUCAAGAAACUGCUUCUCAUAAUAUCCCGCCCGGCACGUCUUUUGGAAUGUUUGGAGUUCGAUCCUGAAGAGUUCUACCGUCUUCUAGAGGUAGCCGAGGGACAAGCAAAGGUUACGCAAGGCAUCAAGGCGGACAUCCCCCAGUACAUCAUUCAGAAGCUCGGCCUUAACCGGGAUCCGAUCGCCGAACUGCACGAUGAGCUCAUCGAACAGGCAUCCCUGAAUUCGUCCAUCAACACCAACUGUGAUUCAUUGGAUAACAACAACUCGUUUUCACCGAACCAAUCGUUCUGCGGCAGAGGGGAUCUUAACCUAAGUGGAUCGAUGACGUGCUCCACGCCCAAAGGAUCAGGCUCGCUGAACAACAGCAUAAACACGCUAAACAAUAACCAGUCAGGAAUCAAUAACAACAGUACGGGUACAACGCCUGGAGCCAACAAGAGCUUCAAAGGGCGAACAGCCAAUGCCGUGCCUAGUGAGAAGGAUUACGACAUGCUCAAGUUAAUUUCCAAUGGAGCCUACGGAGCGGUGUAUUUGGUUAAACAUAAGCAAACCAGGCAACGUUUUGCUAUGAAGAAGAUUAACAAAAACAGCCUAAUGUUGCGUAAUCAGGUAGAGCAGGUAUUUGCCGAACGAGACAUUUUAAGUUUUGCCGAUAAUCCGUUCGUCGUUAGCAUGUACUGUUCGUUUGAAACCAAGAAGCAUCUCUGUUUGGUGAUGGAAUAUGUGGAAGGUGGCGAUUGUGCAACACUGCUGAAGAACCUCGGUCCAUUGCCAUGCGAUAUGGCGCGAUUCUAUUUUGCGGAAACGGUACUGGCAGUCGAGUACCUCCAUAGCUAUGGAAUUGUGCAUCGUGAUUUGAAGCCGGACAACUUGCUGAUCACGGCUUUGGGUCACAUCAAGUUGACGGAUUUUGGUCUCUCCAAAAUGGGUUUGAUGUCAUUGGCCACAAACUUGUAUGAGGGUUACUUGGAUAGCGAAACGAGGCAGUUUUCGGAUAAACAGGUUUUCGGAACUCCGGAGUAUAUUGCUCCGGAAGUUAUCUUAAGACAGGGAUAUGGAAAACCAGUGGAUUGGUGGUCCAUGGGAAUCAUUCUUUAUGAGUUUUUGAUCGGCUGUGUACCGUUCUUCGGAGAAACACCGGAGGAACUGUUUGCCCACACGGUAAACGACGAUAUUGAAUGGCCCAGUAAUGAUGAUUGGCCGCUACAAGAUGAAGCUAAAGAUUUGAUAACAGUUCUUCUGCAUCAAAAUCCCAGAGAUCGUUUAGGAACGGGCGGAGCGCAUGAAGUGAAAGAGCAUUACUAUUUCAUUGGUUUGGACUGGAAUAAUCUGCUUCGACAGAAAGCAGAAUUCGUUCCUCAAUUAGAUAAUGAAGAGGACACAAGCUAUUUCGAUACUCGGGUUGAUCGAUAUAACCAUGAAAUAUGUGGCGAUGAUACUGACGAUAUGGAAGAUUCCCCUCUCUUUGGUUCAUUCAGCUCAUAUUCACCCCAGUAUAGGAAACAGCAAGCAGCUACAACUAAUCCGGCUACUAACGCUCUGCAACAAGAACAGCUAGCUUCGCCUCUUCCUGGAUCCAACCUUCCGUCGGUAAUCGCUAAAGAAAAGCAACAACUUCCAUCACUGUUUGAAGAUAGCUUCGAUGUGAACCACCCGAAACCGAACGAUAUCAGCAAACUAAUCAUUACGCCAGAAUUACGCAAGUUCAACAUCAAUCCCUCGAAAUAUAAGAUGCCAUCAACGCCAGAUUUGGAGUACCUUCCAGAGCUAGCUACACCCGAUCGUGAAGAUUUCAUCAGCCAUUUGAAUCUACGGCCACAUGUCCAACAACCGGUACCUACCACUCCGGAAACACCGGAAACCAACAAACGCUUCAGUGAUUUCUAUCCGCUUUCCUCCCUUAAACAGCUAUCAACGCCGGAAUCGUCGCAAACGGACAGCGAUGACGUUUCCCCACAAAUUCAACGCAAGCGAAAGAUUGUCCAUAGUCGAGGAAUUCUUCCCAAGUUCUCCAUAUCCAUCGAAGAAGAUCAAAGUGGACACGAAACGUCAUCUUCGACGCCAUCUCAGGUGAUCACAUCGUCACCAUCGAGUUCAUUGAACAACUUGAACCAAUCGCGCCACAUAGUGAAGAGCGCAUCAGCGUUGGGACUGUCCCUGAUGACUUCUUCCGAUGAUUCGUGUACCGCAAUAGCAACCAUUGGUAGUAGUGGCGGAGGCCUACACAACGUACCAACAACCGCUUCAAACCUUUCGUCUUCAUCUGGUUGCAGUACCGGUAUAACCUCCACGAUGCAUUCCGCCGGUAACUGCUCGAGCACAGCCAGCUCACGUGAUACUUCUCCCUGUCGGGAACUCAGCCCUCUAGUCACUAAUCUUAAGCCACCAUUAAUCAUCCGAAGGGGACCGCGUGGUUUCGGUUUCACUGUGCACACCAUUCGGGUGUAUUAUGGAGAUACAGAUUUCUACACGAUGCAUCACCUGGUAAUGGCCGUAGACGAAGGAAGCCCAGCGUUCGAGGCUGGAUUGAGACCUGCCGAUCUAAUCACGCAUGUAAACGGAGAAGCAGUUCAAGGCCUUUAUCACACUCAGGUGCUUCAAUUAUUACUCAGCGGAGCGGAAUUGGUUAGUCUACGCGCUACCCCGCUGGAGCAUACAAGUAUUCAAAGCGGUGGUCGAAAGCGCGAGCCCUGGCAGAGUAAAUUUGCGAAGAAAAGCACUCACAGUCGACGGAAGCAAAAGAAAGAUAACGAGAAGAAACGCAAAACUUCGCUAUUUAGAAGAAUCAGCAGUAAACGAGCCAGUGCCGAAAUGCAACAAAUGGUGGCUGGAAUACAGUCGCCGACAUCGGUUCCGCCUAGCAGAAGUUUCCAGUCAUUUACUAGAUUCCAAGGAAGUCAACCUAAUCUAGUUGCUGCUGCGAGUCCAAUACCAUCUGCCAUUCAGUCGGUGCCUUCGACAUCCUUAAGUGCAUCUCCCGUCAACCGAUUGAGUCUUUCGCCAUUGAAUACUAUCAACGCUUACCAAGCGUCUCCGUCUUCAUCACCAAGCACUUCAGCUCCAAGCACUCCAACAGGCACGAUAACCUACAACGAUGGAGCUCCGCUUUACCAGCGACCAUCAACAUUGCAUGUUUUAAAACACAAGCUCCAUUCGUCGCCUUGUCCCACCACCAAGGGUCUUCACACAACUCCGGCAGCAGGUCGUCCUAACCGUAGAAAAUCAGCUGAUCAUAUGCCAUUGUCUCCACUAGCUAGAACUCCUAGUCCAUCGCCACUUCCAGCUUCACCAACGCGGUCGUCUAGCCCAUUGGCAUUCCCAGUCGUUCAUCCGCUGGGAUCAUCCAACACAACUCAAUCCUACAGUCCAGGUGGGCUCCCUAAUGCAUCUACUGUGGCCCCUCAAGCCGUUCCGGGGAUUGUAACGAUCAGUGGUUCACCAACUCCACCUACAAAGAAAGGUUUUCCUAGGGCCAAAACAGCCGAACCGAGUUCUCCGCUACUGCGCAGGGCAUUAUCACCUGAUCGGCUGCAUCCAAGAAGCGCCGAAAGCAAGUGCGUUCUAUCACCGUUGUGCUGCAACACCCCUCUGAAGACACCCCGACAGGUAACCGGAAUCUGGCGUUCCAAUCAAAAUUCCACUAUCACUACCGCCACUCCGCCGUCUAAUGUUGCUCCCGUAACGACCGCACCCGUGGUGUCGUCCCCAAGUGGUCCGGCGCAAACCCAGCAAGCCGUAACAUCUGCGGCAGCCACAUCCUCUUCCAAUACUACCACCAAUACGGUAGCGUGCAAGGUGAUCAGCACUUCGGCGCCAUCUACGUCAACUACAACGUCCCUGCCGGCUGCAUCAACAACGUCUUCUACUAGUGGCCCCGGUGGAACUAGUCCAGCUAAAUCGAUCAACUUAUCAUCCCAAAAGCAGCAACAAUCACAAACUAAACAACUAAUCAACAUGGUAGACAAGAUAAGUUUAAAAGAGGACGCGCCCUGAAUUUGCUUGCAAUAAACAAACAAAAAAUCUAUAGUAGUACGCUCCGUUAGUAUUGGUUAUAACUAUUAUAUUAUGUUCUCACAAUUGUUAGUUCUUUAUUUCGUUAAUUGAGAGUAUUUGCGAUGGACGCAAGAAAAACUUGUUUAUUUAUUUUACAAUACCAUAGAAUAAGACAGGAAAGCACAGGUCAACCAGUUCGGAAACCACGAACAUUGGUAGUAAUUGUAUGAACGAACGAAGUUGGGGGCAUGUAUGGAAGAUUAGGUAGUGAACAUUGUGUUGUAGUAGGUCGUAAAACCCAACGCCCAAGCUCCAGGAACACCGAAAUCAAAACGAACCGUAGGAUAGAAUGUGAUCAGUGUGUAGAAAUCGCACUCUAUAGGUCGCUUACGGAAAUAAUUGUAUAGAAAAGCACUGAAUUUUUAAUCGUGUAGGGUUGUACUAGCAGUUCCCUAUUUGUUUUUUAAUUUAAUUCGAUCAAUCAACAAGCUUGCAACCGUAUCGAUUUAGAAUACUUAAGCAAAAUAAAACUGUUAGAUAACAAACAGCAUAUGAAAUAAUAAUAAUAAUAAUAAUGGAAGGAUUUAAAUUUGUGUGAUAUUUUGAAUUAAAUUAAGAUGUAAAUCAUACAACCACAGAUUACACAGACAGCAAAUAGAGAUAAUUCAACCAACACCUUGAACGCGAUUCUUUUGACACUUGUUUGUACAGGUUCGUACUAAUCCGAAUUAUGUUUGUCAAAUAAAACAACUUUAAAAAAAAUGAAAACAUUAUGCAUUCGGAUAAUUUGUAGCUUGGCUGUUUUUCAACUCUUCGUCAUUUUUAUGUAAAAAAAGUUUUUCCUUACCUCUCGGUAAUAUAAGUAUGUUUAAUAUACUCUCAGAUUCGACAUAUUUGACUCUUGUGAACGGCUAAAAGCUUUUUUUUUAUUUAUCUUUAAAUUUAUUAUGGAUUUGUCAUUUUUUUAUUUCCAAUAAAAAAAAAUGUGCAUCGAUUCAACCAUUUUGUAAAACAAUCCUGAACCAUAACAUUUGCUGAAAAAUGAGUAGAAAGAUAUGUCGUUCCAAAUUUCCCGAAAUUGAAAAUAUUUUUUUAAAUAUGCUAGUCCUAUUCUACUAAGAAUUGAUAAAAAAACGAUUUCAUUGAUUUUAGAAUAGAGGGAUUAAGUAAGUAGCGAAACGAAAAUAAUAUGGUUCUGUUAUUAGCUUGGAAUCUAUUUUUUCUUAAUUAUUGAUUCUUUGCGCUUAUUGAAAAUAAGGAAAAUUAUUGAAACGUAUUUUUACUGGCAUUGAGGGUGCCAAUGAAUGAUACAAUUUUGAAUUUUAAAAACGAACAUUGCUCACAAUUAAACAAAAUGCAAACUUAGGUGAAAUUUGAGCUCAAUAGAAUUUGUGUUCAGAAAAUUGAAAAUCGAUAUUUUUUCCGAUAUCACAAUAACUCAAAAAUUUCAAUAACUUUUGGAGGGUUCGUAUGUUUCCGAUAUGUACAAUUAUGCUAACUUUUCUAAACAUAACAUACGAUGUAAUUCUACACAUUUUGAUAAAUUUUCGAGUAGUAAGAGGAAACUAACCAAUGCAAUGCCUGAAAUUGUUAUAAAUGAUUACGUAAUACUAAUAACUAAGUGUAACUAAAACAAAUUUUAUAUUGGGAUUUAAGACAUGUGUGUUUAAUUUCUGAUAUCAGGCUCUUAAGAUUUUAUUGAAAAUUGUUUAAAUUAUGUAUUUGUGUAGCCAGUUUUUGACAAAAAAUAAGUAAGUUUGUAUGUUUGUGACACUGGCACCACAGACAAACUUACAUCCUUUAUUUUGCCCCCUCUUACUUGACCCCUCGUAUGACGAUAAAAAUCAUUUCAAAUUCAACUACAAUCCAAUCCAAUGUCAGAAUGCAUUUCGUUUUCACAUGCCCAAAAAACAUAAAAUGGAACGGAAUUAUUCCAAAGUCUACAGCGGAAAGCCAUGCAUACCACAAGACACUCUUCACACUAUUGAGAUUCAACUGUUAUCACCGAAACGAGUAGAUGCCCCAUCAACUUCCACACAAAAGCCACAUAUGAACCGCCAACGGUAGCACGCAACAACAAACAACACAAUAACAGCAAUAAUAUAUCUUUAAAAGUUUAAAAUCAAGGAAAAUAGAACUCUUCCUCCCCUAUCCUGAGGAAAAAAAACAAAAAAGCAGUGUUAGAUCCCUUCCACAGUAUUCACAUAAUCCCACACCGUAUACCAUAGGUACAUAUAGAAAUAUACGAUGAAAUUUCCAUAAACGCCUGCUACACACAACAGAAGAUACUGAGCGUAUAUAGCGCAAGAGCGUGAAGGUUAGAAACAUUCAUCAUUGGUAGAGCAUAGAUUGAAAAGCAGGCAAAUUAUGCAAAUUUUAGGGAAGCAUAAAUUUAGUAAUCAUCGUUAUUGCUCCUCCGAAAAAUGUUACAAACUCACAUGUUAAAGAAUGAGGAUAGCUCCUAAUGGUAUCGCAAUCGGAGUGAAACACAAUUUACGUGAUUGUUGCUGACUUUGGGAUACAAAUACUAAUUACAUUUCAUAUGCGUAACAAGAGAUAAAUUAGCUGAGUUGCAAUCAAACUUCGACUCGGCAUCGCAGCAGAAUCGUUCUCCUCCACCCAGGCCCGUGGAUUGCAGAGCAUUGAGCUGUAUUAGAUGGUACGGGUGUCACACUCGUUGAAAUUUAUAACUUGUAUCCUCCUGGAGCGUACGCAACAGAAAUUCUAUGCUAGGAAGCGUUUAUCUCCCGUUUAGUCAUCCUAUACAGUUAUAUUCAGAUAGAGUCGAUGUUAUGCUGAUUCAUUCUCACGCGCAAGUGUUUUAUUUUUUUACUGUCGAUUGAAAACAUGUGACUGCUAAACAACUUAUGCUUAUUUGCAGAUGUGGGUGAAUAUAAGUUUAAAAAAUAGAAUAGGCUCAUUCACCCUCGUGAUAUUCCUUUCAUGUUUUUCUCCAAAAAAAAUGACAUUCACCACACCUCAUCUCAUUCGUUUGUAUGUAUUCUGGGAGCGAUUUACAACUAAAUUUAUUUGCUGAAAGCAAACGGAACCGUAUCGAAGAAUAGAAACGAAACAUCUAAGUGGAGUAAGUUUAAACAGAUGACGAUGAAUGAUUUACACAAUGGGGAAAUGGUAUUUCGAUAAGGUAACAAAGGCAGUACGAGAUUAUGAUUGAAAAUCGAAUAACAAAAAGUAAUGGAAAUUGGUAUAUUCCUGCAUAUAUCCCUCGGAUGAAUAACCGAGGAUAGUUGUAUAACAUGCAUAGAGAGAAUGAAUCAUUAGUGAAACGAAAAAGUUAGGACUUGGGGAAGAUACAUUUAGUGAAAGAUGUUGGAAGCGAAUGUAGAAAAAAUGAUGUAGAGAGAAAGGAAAGCAUAAACAGAGAGACAAUUACUAUAAACAAAAACACUUAUCAAUGUUGCUGCAGUGUAAUUGAUACAUAGUGAUGAAAUGUUAAUAAACCAGAAACUGAAAACGUACCCCAUUCAAAAUGAA